CUAUGCUCGGGCUGCGCUCAUCACUCUCCUAUGGGCUCGUGCGAUUAGAAGCCAUGCAUGAAACGACGUUUAAGCCCAAGCGGCCUGCAUUUUGCGCUCAGCCGGGGCUGCCCCCCAGAAUCGACCUUUGCUAAUGUCUUACAGAACGCUAGCUCGCGGUUUUCCGAGCCGGGAGAGGCUGAGCAGCAGCUCUAUUAAAGCUGUAAUGGCGCAUUUCGCCCGUGCACUCAGCCGCUGCGGCAAAAUAGCCGGCGUCGCCGCCACCAGUGUCGCCACCGCGACCUUCUGCGACGCGGCCAUCAACAAGAAGGACUUCACGCCCCUGGUCGUAGCAAGGAAUGACAAGAUUGGAGCCAACGUCCACAAAGUCACGCUAGCGUUCCCCGACCCGAGCGACACGCUGGGCAUGACGUGCGCGGGCAUGCUCAUGGUCGAGGGCGAGAAGCGCGACGGCAGCGGCACCAUCGCGAGACCCUACACGCCUGUUACCAGAGACGACACGGUCGGGCGCAGUGCGGAAAUCAACCAGUGCGUCAGGCCGGCCUGGAGGUAUUAUUUACCAUUCUGGCCGCCUCGACGCAGCGCGAGAGUGCUUGGCGUCCUCGCACGAGGCGUCUUAGGCUUACUCACCCGAACGUUUGAUUUCCGCACAGGUCGGGCGCAUGGAAUUAGUUGUAAAAGACUACCCGGGCGUGGGCAACGUGUCGAGCCACGUGUGUUCCCGGAAGGUGGGCGACACGCUGCGCGUCAAGGGCUGCUUUACGAAAAUUAAAGUCGAAGCCAAUAAAUGGAAGCGCGUCGGCAUGGUCGCCGGCGGCUCGGGGCUCACGCCGUGCCUCCAGGUCGCCGAGGAGCUGUUGAGCCUACCUGACGAUAAAACGAAGAUCGAUCUUAUUUUUUGCAAUAAAAACGAGGGCGACAUCUUCCUGAAGGACCACUUGGAUGCCCUGGCGGCGAAGCACGACCGCUUCACCGUGAAGUACUGCGUGGACAAGCCGCUCGGCAUGUUCUGGUCGUGGACGGGCGGCCUGACGGGCUACGUCGACGCGGACAUGGUAAAGGCGCACCUGCCGCCGCCUUCGGAAGGAAACAUCGUCAUGGUCUGCGGGCCGCCGCCGAUGUACAAGGCCAUCUGCGGCCCCAAGAAGUUCGAGAAGGGGAAGCCGCCCAAACAAGGCCCCAUCGACGGCGUCCUGAAGGCGCUGGGCUACACCGAGGCGAUGUGCUUCAAGUUCUAGUCUAGUUUUCUUAACAUACAUUAUGUCCGCGU